AUGCGUCGUGGCGCAUCGCAUCUGUGCUGCCUUGCACAUUACUUCAAUACUACCUACCCUGAUCGACAAGUGGCGCUGAACGAUGCCCUGGAACUGCUCCGCUCGCUCGUGAGCUACGCGAGUGAGUUUCCCAACACAGAAGUGCCGCACAUACCGCAUACCAAUGAUCUCUUUGGGUACGUAAAGCUACAGGUUGGAUCUUGGGCUCGGCGCAUCGGCCAUUCAUACACCCAUGAUGCCAGCGGUGCCUAUAUCGGUCCAUUGCGGGGCGUAUUGGCGAGGCUAAUUCAUGCAUCGACAGACACGUCCGCUAAGCUUUCUCGAUCUGCUCAUACGUUUUACGAACUCCCACCCUCUCCAUUGUGGCCGGACUGGGACUUUGAUGUGGCCAAGGCGCAGAAUGCGCAUUUAGAAAACGAUUGGCCUGUAACCAACGGCUGGGAACAAGCGAUGUGGGGUCCCUUUGUGGGACAGGUUCAUGCACCGCUUGCUCCACGUAUGCAGGCCAUUGUACAACGUCAUCGCAAGCGUCUCUCGCGCACAGCCCUGCUAAAUUUGCUCCAGCGUCUUGUUGGUACAACCGAGGCGCCGCCUGUCGAGCCAGAGCCACACCUGCUUGCUAAGCGCGCCCACGCAGAGCGACUGCUAGAGUGGUUGGCCUUCUCGGAGCCACUCGACGAGGCUACAAUGGUGUCUGAUGCAUUUGCUAUGAAGUCGUCUGGUCAACCUGCGCAAGACGAUGCUCUAUGGAUUCUUGGCGAGCACUACUUUUGGGGCACGCACGGAGUUACGCCGAAUGCCACUCGCGCACUUGAUUGCUUUGAGCGACUGUCACUGCAUGGGAAUGCCACCGCCCAUGCGCGCCUAGGAUACCUCUACAGCAGUGCGUACGCGGCCGAUAUGCAUCAGAUCCCACCGAGACCUGAUGAGGCGCUUGUGCACUAUGCGUUUGCCGCACAAGAAAAGGACUGGCAUGCACGCAGUGUAAUGGCACACCGCUAUCGGCGCGGCUUGGGUGUACCCCAAGAUUGUUUGGAAGCCAUGCAUACCUAUGAUCAGAUGGCCCGUGAAACGCAGAUGUUGAAAUACCAGCCCAGGGCAUUGACAGACAAGAAAGCUUUACAGCGUCUUAUGGAGACCUACGAAGACUACGCUCUUGAAGACGAGCCCCACAAGCGCUACAUACUUGCUCGCUCCCAUUACUUUGGCAGUAUUGUUAGCGAUCAUGAUGUGCUGGGAGCGAUACCGUACGACCCAGAAGCUAGUGCCCAGCAUGCGCUAGCGCUUGCCACCGCUCGAUGGCCAUACCCCCCUAUUCUUGAUGAUAUUCAAGAUGAGUCGCAUCUCGGUCCCAAGCUGCGCCCUGUGUAUGUGGCUCAAGAACAAGACCUGGCACAUCAGCUUGCCGCUAGAGCAGCGGCAUCACUGUUAGGCAUGCAGUACUUGCGUGGAGACGGCGUAUCGCAAGACUUUGUGCGGGCCAAGGUUUGGUUCACGCGGGCCGCUUUGGAGGAGGAUGCGCAGGGAAUUGUCGGCCUAGGUGUGAUGUAUUUGUAUGGCUUUGGCGGCCUGACGCCGAACGUGACCAAGGCCGAGACGCUCUUCCGACACGUGUCUGAAAAAGGCUUGACGUUCCAGGCAUGGUCCAUGGCCGCCGAGUCUGGCGUAGAAGAGGCGCAGGACAACAUCGCCUUCAUUUUGGAUCAGUUUACCUCGUGGCAACACAACCCUGCGCCUGCAGUGGACGACGCCCUAGCCAAGCAUUACUGGGGCCAAAACGGUGAUGCUCAACGUGCAGCGAAUUGCUUCACCAAUUUGGUGGAUAUGUCUCGUAAUUGGAUCGCAACUGUGCAUGAUGACGUUUCCAGGAUAAAUCUUGACAACUUCGCUGGUGCCUCUUUUGAUUUAAUGUCGGCAUGGCGUCUGGGCUCGAUGUAUGCACAAGGUGCUCCACCUAUGAAGCGCGAUUUGGCGCUGGCAAAGCGGCUAUUCGACUACUUGAGCAAAUCAUUUCCCCAAACGACAAACCCUCUCAUGUUCUUGCUCAUGGGGCGCCUCUUUUUCCAGACCUUGUGGGCCAUGCUACAGGGCGAUAUCACGGCGCGGCGCAUGUUGCUCUCCUACUUUCCGUCCAGCCUCAAAGAACCGUGGAGCGAGGAGGCCCUAUCCAUGGCGGUAGAGCUCUCUUUCUUUAUUACGGGCGUUUUGGGCCUCAUUGUUUUAGUCGUGGUACGGCGAUACUUCCAACGGCGUCUCACUGCGGCCGAAGCAGCGCGCACGGCCUUGUUGCGGCGUGGACCUAGUGGCGAUGCCUCUACAUAG